GUACCUGCAAAUCAAAUAGACUGCUCCACUGACCACAUUAAAAGAAAAAGAUUAUUAAUCCCUUCACUAACAGUGUUUACAAGAAAAAAGUUAAGAUUUUACUAGCUAUUUUAACAGUGUUCAAAAAUAAAUAGUAGCUUACUUGAGUAGUCCAUAUUAAUAUAUGACAAAUCAGUUAUGCCACUUUUUAAAAAAAUAUUUUUUUAACAUCUUGUUACAGGUGGGUCUGAAGGACUCAAUCCCUGUUGAGCUGGCCCAUCACAGCUGUACAUGUGUAGCUGGAUCAGUGCUCUGUAACCAUUGUGUGGCUCUACUUUUCCAGUCUGCACAUUAUUCUCAGCUUGACAUUCCAGUUGUUCCACCAGUGCUGAGCUGUACGGAGAGUGAACAACAGUGGCACAAGCCAAGAACCCUGGGUGUUAAACCAGGUCCCGUCGAGAAGAUGGCUGUGAUGUCUGCCAAACCAAAGCAGAGGACCAUGAUCGAGGGAGUAAAGUCCACAUUGUACAAAGCCAUUAGUGGAGAGUUGCUGGACCUGUCCACUCUCAGUGUGUCAGAGACCUACAAAGAGUUUACCCCUGUUUCUGCACCAACCAUCUGUACAAUGGGUAUCACCUGUGAGGUCCCGCUAGUGGACUCUGCACUCGGUUUGGUACAAGCAGGCAGUCCCCUGUCAUACCAACAACCCAAGGCAAGAAGUCGCCCUUUUGCUUACAUUGAUGCUCCACCACGCCCAGAUUUACCAUUGGCUGGCUGCAGACUGGAGACAUCAUGCAGUAUGUUUGUUUUCACUGAGCAUCAACAGCUGCACUUUAAGUCACUUGAGGUUACCUGGGAGAUGGCAAACAAAAUAGAAUAUGCAACUAGGAGUCAAAGUACAUCAGCAGACUGGCAUAGACUAAGAAAACCCAGACUCGCGUCCUCACAUUUUGGAGAAAUAUGCCAUGCUAAACCAUGCACCUUAGAUAAGAUGGCAGACCGGCUGCUCAAAGGGGUUCGUCAGACAGCAGCAAUGAAGAGGGGUCUCGAAAUGGAAGCUGAUGCCAUUGAAGAGUACUGCAGGCUUAAGAGGGUGAACUACUACCCUUGUGGCUUCAUUAUACACCCUGACACUCCAUGGCUAGGUACAUCCCCAGAUGGGGUUGUCUUUGACCCUACAGAAAAUACUGAAUUCGGCCUUGUGGAAAUAAAAUGUCCAAAUGUUAAGAGCUAUGUGGAUUAUCCUCAUCUGAAAAUGAACGACGGCAACCUGGAAUUGAAGCAGGGUCAUGGCUACUACUGGCAGGUGCAGGGUCAGCUGCUCCUAACAGGGAUGGAGUGGUGCGAUUUUGUGGUGUUUGCGGAGGAAGACACCCUGAUUCAAAGAAUAUACCGGGACAGUGAUGUGAUGCAAAAAAUAAGAGAGAGAGCAGACUUCUUCUUCUUCUACACAUACCUACGUAAAUAUUUGCUGUAAUAAAAUGAAUUCUCAAUAGAACUGUCUUGUUCUUGUUGAUAUCUCAUUAUAAUGUGAGUUGUUUCAAGUCAUUUAAAUUUGUCACGUAACUGAUUAGAAAAUAUGUGCUAAACAGAGUUGUAAUACUUUAAGGAUUUACCACUUGACUUAAAGUGUACACAGCAAAGGUGAACACACACCAAUGUAUUGCUAGAUGUUAAAGGGAUAGUUCACACAAAAAUUAAAAUUCUGUCAUCAUAUACACACCC